ACUGCCAGAAUACCACACCUUAUAUAUAUAUAUAUCGUAAACCACGCCAAUUUUUUUCCAACAAUUUUCACCUUUUAACCAUGACGAAACUCUCCGUCGCCGUACUUUUCCUCUUAUUUACGCUUUCCUUUGCUCGUAUUCCUGUAAAUCAACCGGAAAAUGACGUCACGCACCUCCAACUCCCUUCAGAAAAUGACGUCAUCCGCCCCGAACAUCCUUAUACUCUACCGGAAUUCGACGAUUCGGCGCCUAUUCUUAGCCUUCCUAAAAGCGCCGAUAACGAAGAGACUCACUCCGUCCAUCCGAUGCCAUUGACCUUAGUCAAGUUCCGGCCGAUCAACCGUCGAUUCCGGCUCCGAUCUAACCUACCGUUCCGCCUAUGUCGCCACCAUUUCCACCACCUGUAUCCGGUAUCACGGCGUCAGAUCCCUUAUGGCAAUGACAUGAUACUCUCUUCCGGCAAAAACAUUGACUUUGAUAAGUUUGUAUACCGUGUCGGCGUGCGUGAAAUUCCGGCGGAUCGGGUCAAUUUCCCCCACUACCAUCACGAUGACGAAGACGAUGACCACAAAGAGGAGAAGAUCUCGAAGUUUCUCGACAAUCGCGAGAAGCUUGGUAAGAUCUCGAAGUUUCUAGACGAUGAUCGCGUGAAGUUUGGUAAAAAGAAAUUGAAACGUCAAAAUCAAUUCCAGGCUCAUCGAUUUGAUAAAGAAGAUGAUAAUGAGGAUGACAAAAGAUCAAAGCUUUAUGCGAAGUAUUAUGGUGAAGACCAAUAUAGCUUUGAUAGAAUGAAAUUGAGGAAGCGUUUUCAUUAUCGCGAUGCUGAAGAAGAAGAAGAAAAGGCUAAGUGGCAUAAGAGGGGAAAGAAGAGAGGUGGGUUCAUGAGAAGUAUUCGCAAGUUUUUUCAUCACUACUUUGAUUGAAGCAACAGUAACAAUCAAGUGUAAUCCCAGGAGUUGUGUCAGAGAAAGGACGUGUAUGUAUACCUUACCUCUGCUUUAUCUACGGAACUAGAAAAACUGUUUUUGAUAGAUACAAUUCAGAAAAAAUAACUACUUUUAUUGAAGCAUAUUUAUAAUUUAACUUUGCUUUUGUGUUGUAUAAUAGUAGAAUGUUUUUAUGAGUUAUAUUAUGUUUUUCUUUUGUUUUAUGUUUUGUUUUGGAUGAUGUUGCUCCUUUGUUGUUUGUAAAUAACUUUGCAUCCAUGUGGAGAUGUAGUAGGAAGUGUUCUUAUUAUUACUAUUGUAUGAAUACGUUUUUGAAUA